CACUUAGGGGAGCCAGGCUGAGCCCUAACUCCCCGCACCCCAUCCCCAAGUCAAUCUAGGUACGUCCUUCCCCAAGUGUCCCCAUCCCAGGGAGGCGAAGCGGGGGAUAGAGAUGAGAAGCAGAGAGAAAUCACCCGGGUUGUGAUAAUCAGGAUAAGGGAAGUGGGGAGGAACAUGAUGAGGGGUGAGACAGUAACCUGAGAAGACUGGUGGCUGUGAGAGGGCGUGGGACAGGGAGCAGGGAAGCUACGGAGUAACGAAAGAGACAGGAGGCCCAAGACUCGCGGCGUGGCGGGUGACCGGCGCGAGGGAGGAGCUCCGUGACGCCUAAAGCAGGGCGGGGCGAGAAGCAAUGGCAAGGCCGAGGGUCUCGAGCUUCUGACCGCCUACGUGGAGUCACUGGUAGAGCAGCCGCUGCCUCUCUCUGGUCGCUUUCCCGGAGCCAGGAUCUUGUGCUGAAAGACAUUUCCAAAGUGCCUUGUGACAGCCUACUACUCCGACCCACACAGCUUAGAAAGGAGCCACUGUUCACUCGUGGAGGGGUGGCUUGGUAUCUCCUUUGAUUCUGGCAUCUGCACUGAACUUGACCUCCAUGGCGCACAGGCUCCAGAUGCGUCUACUGACGUGGGAUGUGAAGGACACCCUGAUCAAGGUCCGCAGCCCUGUUGGGGAGGAGUAUGCCAGCAAGGCCCGGGCCCAUGGAGUGCUGGUGGAAGCCACAGCCGUGGAACAAGCCUUCAGGCAGGCAUUUAGAGCUCAGAGCCACAGCUUUCCCAACUAUGGGCUGAGCCGCGGCCUUACUUCCCGUCAGUGGUGGAUGGACGUGGUCCUACACACCUUCCGCCUGGCAGGCGUCCCAGACGCCCAGGCCAUGGCUCCUGUUGCUGACCAGCUAUAUGAGGACUUCAGCAGUCCUUUUGCAUGGCGGGUGUUGGAGGGGGCUGAGACCACCCUAAAGGGGUGCCGUAAGCGGGGUAUGAAGCUGGCAGUGGUCUCCAACUUUGACCGACGACUAGAGGAUAUCCUAACAGGCCUUGGCCUGAGAGAACAUUUUGAUUUUGUUUUGACUUCUGAGGCUGUGGGCUGUCCUAAGCCGGAUCCACGGAUUUUCCGUGAGGCUUUGCAACUCGCUUGUGUAGAGCCUUCGGCGGCAGCUCACGUUGGGGAUAGUUACCGCUGUGAUUACCAGGGGGCUCGGGCUGUGGGUAUGCACAGCUUCCUGGUGGUAGGUGCAGAGCCUCUGGACUCCUCAGUGAGAGAUGCUGUACCUAAAGAACAUAUUCUACCCUCCCUAUCCCAUCUCCUGCCUGCCCUUGACCUUCUGGAGGCCUCGAGCCCUGUGUCAUGAAUCUGGUGAGGGAAGUAGCUGGGACCAAAUAAACACUGAAGGCAGAGAG